ACACGCCGUACGUGGUUUCGAGCACACAAUGGAACAUUCUAAACCGUCGGCGCUCGGUGAUGACGACGUAGAUGCCAAAUGUGGCUUUCACCCAGCUAACAUGCUUCUGUAAAUGCUGUAAAAUAUGUCUGUGAAUCACCUGCGUCUGCUGCGGCCUCUGCUGUGUCAGUCCCUGUCGCGACAGCUCAGGUCUCCUCUGGUGGCCACAUAUGGGCUCCCCGAACCGCUGCCGCACCCCAACACCACCUUCUACCCCGCUGCACCCAAGAGACUCUACGCCACGAAGAAGGCAAAAGCCAAGGCCAAGGGCCAGGCUGCUAAGGUGAAUAUUAAUUCGGCUCUGGUGGAAGACAUCAUCGUUUUGGAUGAGGUGAAGGGGGACAUGACGGCUGUUCUCGACGCGCUCAAAGAGGACUUCACACGCAACCUCAGCAUCCGAACCUCGCCAGGAGCUCUGGAUCACAUUGUGGUGACAACUCAAGAUGGAAAGUUCCCCCUCAACCAGUUGGGACAGGUCUCCAUGAAAUCCCCUCAGCUCAUUAUGGUCAACAUGAGCAGCUUCCCAGAGGCUACAGCGGCUGCCACCCGUGCCCUGAGAGAGAGUAGCAUGAACCUUAACCCAGAGGUGGAUGGUACCAUUAUCAAGGUGCCUGUUCCCAAAGUAACGCGGGAGCACAGAGAGAACCUCGCCAAGCUGGCCAAACAGUUCACCAACAAGGCUAAAGACUCGCUGAGGAAAGUGCGCUCUAAUGCUGUCACACAGGUCAAAAAGACAAAGGAGGGACACUCGGAGGACACCGUACGACUUGUGGAAAAACAGAUUCAGCAGAUGGCGGACAACAUUGCAGUGGACAUUGACAAGCAGCUGGUAGCCAAGACCAAGGAGUUGUUAGGCUGACUGUGAUGAUGUGUGAUGACAUUUCGGUUGUAGUUGAACCUACAGGUGAACACAGCAACAUGUCAACCCCAUCGUCUUUUAUAAUAGUGACUCCUUCAGCAGUUAAAUAACAGAAACUGGCAUGGAAACAACAACGACAGACUGCCAGUCAUCUCCUUCCUCCCUUGUUACUCUUCCGGUCUUCAAACAAACACCGAGCAAGGGACGAAUGUACUUUUAAUAGGAUUUGUAGGCCGCCUCCUAAUCAAACCCUCUGCCACAAGGACCGUCUGUUUACGUAAAACAAGCGCACCCGUCUGAGUGUAAACUGGCUGCGGGUUGGACUUGGUGGCGAGGGAGAAAGGGGAGAGAGGGUUCGUUCCAAAGAAAAGAGGAUAUGAUUAGCGUGUUGCCAAACAUUUGUUUCACAUUGAUUCCAAGACUGUUAAAGAAUGCGCUUGAUAAAAAAGCUGCUUUAAUUUUGUCCCAUGUCUACGAUUGAUAAUACGGCUACUCUCGAAAAUAAAGCCGGAAAAGUAACAUUAUUGAUGGACUCCAUUAAAGAAACACUGCUUU